AUGGCCAAUGUUGAGAAGCAGGAGAACAUAGAGGCUGAAAGUUUAAUCAAAAGGAAGAAGAAGAAGAAGCUUGGAGGAAUCAAAACAAUGCCAUUUAUCCUUGCAAAUGAAAUAUGUGACAGAUUUGCGAAUACUGGUUUUCAUGCCAACAUGAUAACGUACUUGACACAAGAGCUUAACCUGCCGCUGGUAAAGGCCGCCAACACACUGACCAACUUCAAUGGAGCUGCCAAUUUCGCGCCAUUGUUUGGUGCUUUAAUUUCCGACUCCUUUGCUGGGCGGUUUUCGACCAUCAUGGCUGGUUCUAUUAUCUAUGAACUGGGAUUGAUUAGCCUCACCAUAUCAGCAGUACAGCCAAGGUUCCACCCUCCAAAAUGCCCAACUCAAGAGAAUUGCAAGGAAGCCUCAACCUUGCAGAUUUGGGUCCUCUACAUCUGUCUGCUUCUUACAUCUCUUGGCUCAGGUUGCAUUAGGCCUUGUGUUGUUACCUUUGCUGCAGACCAAAUUGACAUGACCAAAUCAGGUGUAGCAGCUCGAAGUUGGAAUUUGUUUAAUUGGUACUACUUUAGCAUGGGAAUGGCAACACUAGCUGCCCUAACUUUAGUGGUUUACAUCCAAGAUAAUGUAGGUUGGGGCUGGGGUCUUGCAAUUCCAACCACAGCCAUGGCCUUGUCAAUUUUAGCCUUUUUGGUGGGUUCACCUCAUUACAAUAGAAUCAAACCUGAGGGUAGUCCCUUGGUUAGAUUGGCCCAAGUAAUUGUUGCAGCUGUGAGGAAGAGGAAAGAAGUAGUACGAGCAGACCCAGCUCUCUUGUAUGAAAAUAGAGAGCUCGAUGCUGCUAUUUCUUUGAAUGAAAGGCUUUUACACACAAAUCAAUUCAAGUGGUUUGAUAAAGCUGCAAUAGUAACAGGUAGCGAUGCAACAGAUUCGAACACACCAAAUUUAUGGAGGAUUGCCACUGUCCAUCGAGUUGAGGAAUUAAAAUCCAUUAUCCGAAUGUUUCCCAUAUGGGCAGCUGGAAUUUUAGUUUUUGCCUCAUCUUCACACUCGCGAAGCUUCACCAUUCAACAAGCUCGCACUAUGGAUCGUCACCUGUCUCACUCCUUCCAAUUUCCUCCAGCCUCCUUGGCCAUCUUUGGUGUCAUAUCUUUGCUCAUUGGCCUUGUUCUGUAUGAACGUCUCUUUGUACCCUUUGCUCGCCGAUUCACUAGAAACCCAUCGGGCAUCACAUACCUACAAAGAAUUGGCAUAGGCCUUGUGAUUAACAUUCUUGCAACAGUUGUUGCAGCAGUUGUUGAGAUCAAGAGAAAAGCAGUGGCUGCUGAACACAACUUAUUGGACGAUCCAAAAGCAAUUAUCCCUAUAAGUGUUUUUUGGUUGGCACCUCAGUUCAGCCUACAUGGGACAGCUGAAGUUUUCGCGUUUGUUGGGCUCUUGGAAUUUCUUUAUGAUCAAUCACCUGAAAGCAUGAGAAGCACUGCUGCAGCUCUCUACUGGAUUGCGAUAUCAGCGGGAGACUAUGUAGGCACACUGAUGGUAUCACUAGUUCAUAAGUAUUCAGGCAAAAAAAGCAACUGGCUACCUGAUAGGAACCUCAAUAGGGGAAGAUUGGAAAACUACUACUGGCUUGUUACUGCCACCCAAGCAAUAAAUCUCUUAUAUUAUGUAAUAUGUAGUUGGCUUUAUACUUAUAAGACAUUGGAAGAGGUUAGUGAAAUUUGCGAGGAAGUUGAAGAACUAGCUGGAGAUGAAAUACCAUCUAUGAUUUUAGAUAGUAGGAAUGGCCAUGGAGAGGUGGAGCUUGGAAGAAAUGAGUUAGCUUAG